AACUUCUCUAGGUUCCUGGAUUAAAGGUUGCUCAAGCAAAUGUAAAUAUUACUUUAUUGCACUGAAAAACUUUGUCAUCUGCAUUAUAGCCCCAUAGUGGGGGAAGGAAAACCAAACCUCUGCUUAAAAUGGUAAUUAUUUGUACUGCACGCAAAAUCUUAGGAGCUACACUUCUGCCCCUCUGCAAUUGCCAGCUCUAUUUGCUGGAUUCCUUAAGUGGGUACGUGGAGCUUAAACAGCACAGCAAGAAGGGAGGGAAGGGAAGCAGUCACAACAGAAGGCUAGGGAGGCAUGAUACGAGUUAGAUUUACGGACUACAAUAUACCUUGUUGAAGGUCUCCAGAGAAGAGCAAGGGAUACUGGACCGUCUUUUGAGGGAGCGAUGUGCCCUGUGGGGAGCAGUGAGGCCGUCCCUUUGCGCAAUGGCAGAGCAGAGUGGGCUGCAGUUGUGGUUGGCUAACUGAUGCUCAGCUCCGGUGUGAUUUCCAUGCAGGAAAGAGGGAAGGAAAAGCCGAGGAGUCUCCAUGCAAACCAACCUUUGAGAGGGAAGCCCAGGUGCCUAGAAGGCACAGCAGCAUCGCACAAGUGUUGUCCUGCUGUCCUUGGGGCGCUCGCUAAAACUGCCCCCUUCUCACUGCAUCAGGGUUGUAGUCUUGGGAAGUCCUUUCUUCUGAGGGUUGGAGUGGGGGACUGCUCCCGGGGAGGCUCACUAGGGUCAGUCUUCAGCAUGGAUCUGAGCUCACAUGCACAGCAGAGGAAUUAGUCAGGAAGACACUCCAGGAGCAGGAGUUGCCACAUACGCCUGCAUUUUGCCUGCUCACAAACGGCAGCCAAAAGGUUUAGCACAGCCAGUGUCUAUGGGCUGAGAGCUGGGAUGUGCUGGGACGUUGCUGGCACAGGCAUGUUCAUUUUUUUCUCUGCUGUAAUUGGGUCUUUCCUCCCAUUUACCAGAAAGGGAACGACCUGCCUUAUCUUACUUGCUUACCUGACCAUUGAUCAGAGAGUCUGCCGUACACUCAGUCACAGGAAAAGAGAGAUCUGCGCUGUGGAGGGGCUGUGAAGAAGACAAGUUUCCAGCUACUUUUGCCACUGCGUUCUCUGUAAAGCUCCUGUAUUACUCGGCUGACUUUGAUCCUGUGUUGAUUUAGUGAUGGAAUAGUGACUUUUCUGGGAGCUUUCCAGGGGGAGAACCAGUGAAAAGCUAGGACAACAUCAGUGUUUCAUCCCUUGCCAUUCAAGGGGAGCAAGGACCAGGCCUUCUGCUCCAGGCUAGGAGAAACAAUCCUGAUGUUCCUGGGUCUACCUUUUCUCUCCCAGGAUGCUGAGAAGAGUCCUGUGUACAGUGUUGUUCAUGGGAGCCUUGCCAUCACUGGCUGAAGCGUCCCAGGGCCACAUUUCAGUGGUCUUGCUGGGAGCCACAGGUGAUUUGGCCAAGAAGUAUUUGUGGCAGGGUCUAUUCCAACUCUACAUGGACCAAGUGAGCAGUGGCCACAGCUUCACUUUCCAUGGGGCUGCACUGACAGCUCUGGAGCCAGGGCAGAGGCUGAUGUUUGAUGUGCUGAAGAAGCUGGCCUGUCCCCCAGACGAAUCUCCCAACAGGUGUGCUGUGCUCAAGGACCAAUUCCUGAAGCUGAGCCAAUACCACCAGCUGAAGACUGCCGAAAACUACACUGUGCUGAACAGAGAGAUUGAAACCCUGCUUCGCCAGGAGGGGCUGAAGGAGGCUGGAAGGAUCUUCUACUUCUCAGUACCACCAUUUGCCUACACAGAGAUUGCCCGCCACAUCAACAGCAGCUGCAGACCACCUCCAGGAGCCUGGUUGCGUGUGGUGCUGGAGAAACCUUUUGGCCAUGACCUGGAGUCGGCCCAGCAGCUGGCUGCAGACCUGACAAGCUUCUUCAGAGAAGAGGAGAUGUACCGGGUGGACCACUACCUUGGCAAACAGGCUGUAGCCCAUAUCCUGCCUUUUCGAGAUCAGAACCGACAGUUUCUGGAUCCAAUUUGGAACAGACAUCAUGUGGAAAGAGUGGAGAUUGUCUUGAAAGAGACGGUGGAUGCUAAAGGCCGCACCAGCUUCUACGAGCAGUAUGGAGUCAUCCGGGAUGUGCUGCAGAACCACCUCACGGAGGCCCUGAUGUUCCUGACCAUGGAGCUUCCAGCCAACGUGAGCAGGGCUGAAGAGGUGUUGCAGUGCAAGCUGCAGGCCUUCCAGUCCUUGCGGGGUCUGGACAAAAACAGUGCCGUGUUGGGUCAGUAUCAGGCAUACGCCAGCCAGGUACAGGAGGAGCUACAGAAGGCGCAGGACUACAUCAGCACGACGCCAACCUUUGCAGGUGUGCUGAUUCACAGCGACAGCCUGCGUUGGGAAGGGGUCCCUUUUCUCCUCACUUCUGGGAAAGCUCUGGAUGAGCGGGUAGGUUAUGUCCGUGUUCUCUUCAAGAACCGGGCCUACUGCACUCAGAGUGAGACUCUGAGGGAUGCUGAGCACAGCCAGUGUAAAGCCAAGCAGAUCAUCUUCUACAUUGGGCAUGGCGCACUCAGCACCCCUGCAGUGCUUGUGAGCAGGAACCUUUUCAGGCCUGUCAUGCCAGAAGGCAGUUGGAGAGAAGCGGUGGGUCAGUCGGACCUGCACAUUUUUGGACAACCGUUGUCUGACUACUACGUGUACAGCCCUGUGAAAGAGAGAGAUGCGUAUUCUGUCCUCAUCUCCAACAUCUACCAUGGCAGGAAGGACUUCUUCAUUACCACCGAGAACCUGCUGGCCUCCUGGGCAUUCUGGACACCGCUGCUGGAUAGCAUUUCCCACCAGCCCCUCCGCCUCUACCCUGGGGGUGUGGAGAACCAGCACCUCUUAGACUUUGAAAUGGAGAGUGGGGAAGUGGCGUUCACGCUGGCAGAGGCAGUGGAACUGCUGAACCCCAACAGGCUGAUGCCAAAUGAUUACAGGACAAUCCAGUCCAAAUUUCGGCAAAGUCCCCUGGUCUCAGCGUGGUCUGAGGACCUGAUUUCCCAGCUGGCUUCUGACAUUGAGAAGACAGCGAGUAGGACUGUGGCACGCUCUGGGCAGUUCCAUCUGGCGCUCUCGGGUGGCUCAAGCCCGGUGGUCCUAUUCCAGCGGCUGGCAAGACACCAUUAUGCCUUUCCGUGGAAGCACACCCACAUCUGGCUGGUAGAUGAACGCUGCGUCCCUCUCACCGACACCGAGUCCAACUUCUUCAGCUUGCACAACCACCUCCUCCAGAGUGUCAGGGUGCCCUACUUCAAUGUCCACCCCAUGCCUGUGCACCUGAACCAGCGGCUCUGUGUGGAAGAGGACAGAGGCACGGAGCUGUACGCCAAGGAGAUCGUGGCCCUGGUGGCCAAUGCCAGCUUUGACCUGGUGCUGCUGGGGGUGGGCACUGAUGGGCACACUGCCUCGCUCUUCCCCAAGUCUGAAAAUGGCUUGGAAGGGGCUCAGACUGUGGUGCUGACUGAAAGUCCCGUCAAACCUCACCAAAGGAUGAGCCUUAGCCUACCCCUCAUCAACAAGGCCAGGCAGGUGUUUGUCCUGGUUUUGGGGAAGGGCAAGCACGACAUCACCAUCCUGCUCAGCAGAGUGGGCCAUGAGCCAAGGAAAUGGCCUAUCUCAGGUGUCAGCCCCAGCUCUGGCCAGCUGGUGUGGUAUGUGGAUUACGAAGCCCUGCUUGGGUGAUGCCUUCACAGUGUCCCUCCUCCCUUGUCUGCGUGGCCCUUACAGCCUGGAUUUUCCUACACAAUGUCCAUGUUUUUCUGUUGCCAGCAGCAGCUUCAUCUCUGACAGACUCCUCUAACCUUCUGGGAAAUCCGUGGCCUGCAGUGCCUCUGACAUUUGAGCCCGGAAAGCAGCUCGGCUCAGUGUUCAGAGCUAAGUAGGAGCCAAGAGCCCGCUGCAGCAUUUCUGGCUCUGCUAGGGAUUCUGACUGUGACUUUGGACAAAUUACCUCACCUUGAAGUGCCUCAGUUUUCCCUGUCAGGCCUUUGUGGUUAUUAGCAUUUAACUACCUCACAGGCACUACGGGGGUCUUGUUAAAUUAAGUACCUGCCAAUUUUUUUUCCUUUUUUUUUUUUUUUUUUAUAAAUCUCAGGCUAAAAGACAGUAAUAACAUGUUCAUCCUCUGCCCUGCUCAGUCUGGCUGGGACAGAGUCGUCGUCUCGGUCAAGUGAUGGUUCUGUGUACAUGGGUGUGUAAUCUUGUAUGUGCAGCCCAUCUUGGGGUCAGCCAGCCACUGACUAUGGCUGUGCUCUCCUGGAAGCACAGACACCCAUUAGCUUUUGUGGCAUGUGGCCCCUAAAUUCUGACACUGAUUUGUGAGCUCGCUGCAGUCCUGAGUCUUUGCAAAUUGCCCAGCAGCAGAGGCUGAGUUUAUAAGCAGUAAUUUGCUGCUUUCAUUAAGUGGAUAGCUGAUGCCGUGGGGGGUGGAGAAGGAAGACACAUUGCUUUUUAGGCUGUGGGAAUAAUGGGGACAGGGUGAGGAAUGUGGCAGUUCACAGAGUUGUUAUUUGCCUGCAGUGCUAUAAUUAUUGAGGGAAAAGCUUGGUGUUUAGAGGUGGUGUUUGGGUUUAGCUAGCAAAGAAAUGUUUUCUUUAACUGUCUUUCUGUGUCUUAUUCUCUGAAAUGAACUUUUCUCUGUCCUCAGAAUUGAAGCUUGCAGUGUCAUUCAGUGGCUUAUAAAAUUUCUACGGGAGGCGGCUUUAUAAACUGUCAACGUAUCCAUCAUUAGAGCACGCAUUAAGGUAGUUACAGUGUUUGCGGAUGGUGGUGGGGUGUUUAAACUCAAGGACGCUGACUUCUAAGGGGAGGUAAUUUUUUCUGUGCAUAUCUCUUGGGCGCACAAAAAUAGCAAAUUGCAUCUCUGUGUUGACAGGACAACGUUAAGUGGUUAUAGAAAUGUAUAGUGCCGUUGCUUACAGGAAGGGUUGGAGACAUCUAGUCCUACCUAGAGACCCCGCUCUCCCCUUCCUAAUUUUCACCUUCCCAGGAUGCUGCCACGCACAGUGGGUAUCUCUCUGCUUUCAUGAUAUCCCCGAAUGCUCCGUCAUCUUCUCUAAUGGGUAAUUUGCCACAGCACACCAGAGUGCAGCUUUUGGUAAGGGAAUCAUGAUGGCACGAGAUGGGAGAAUCUGAGCUGAUGGUCCAUGUGGAGGCUAGAGACAAACCCACUCACCCGGGGUGGCACCAGGAUGGGACAGACCCACUGCAGGAAGGUGGAACACGGCCGAGGUACUGGCUGCCAGCAGGGAGGAUUCUGCAUAGGAGCGGAGGCCACUUUCAGGGGGAUUUCUCUCUUCUUCCUGUGAAUGCUGGCCCUGUUUCUGCAGAGAAGUAGCUGUGUGGGGGUGACCUGGUGGAGAUGGUGGGGUCUGAGGUGACCCAGGGACCGAGGGCUCAGCAGGGGCCCCAAUGCUGACAGGAGAUGGCGCCCGGACCCAGAGAAGCAGCAGUAAGUUGUGUGCUGUUCUUUCAGCAGGGCUGGUCUGAGGCUGUGCCAGGCUUGGCCACCCUUCCCACCCCUGGAGCCUCACAAGGGAAAAAUAAGAUCCUCAGGAGUUGGACCUGGGAGUCUGGUGACCCCUUAGGGACCCGAAAGUCUGCAGUAUAGGGAAGAAAAGGGACUUUGCUUUAGAAAGCUGGGCGAUAGGCAUUGGCUUCAAAUCCUUCCAUGCACAGGGAUCUGCUGAAUCCUAGCGAUGAAGAUGCAAAUCCAGGUACAAAUAGGUGCUACAGUCCGAUAGCACAUGAAGCAAGGUGGGCAGGUCUGUACAGCCUGUGCUCCCAGGUUCCUGAGUUCUCGCCAUUCAGCAUAAUGCUUAUAUUAAUGCAGAAAUCAGAACUGUUGUCCUCUGCUAAUGGCACGGAUAAAAGUGCACUGAGCAAGCUCUAGAGAGCCUGUUACUCGUCAGCAGUCCCUAGGCAAACAGAGCCAGAGAGAACAUAACCUGGCAGAAGCUAUGUGCAGCAGGAAAAGGCCAAAUUCUCAGGGACUGGCUGUGAUUUCUGGCCGACACCCUCCCCCACCUUGCAGAUGGUCCAGAAAAGCUGCAUUUUACAUCCUGUAUUUGACUCAGCUGAGCUGAGUUGCACUGAUGCGCAUCACUUUGCUUUUGCAUGGGAAAGGAGGAGAGUUGUGGUGGUGUAGCUUUCUCAAAAGCUCAAAUGCAGAAGACACACAGGUGUCUUAACUGGUCCGGUUUGACAACCAGGAUGGCUGGUUAUCCAUCUUUUGUGGGUGUUUGUGAGUAAGUUUGCUCCUGCCUGUUUCAUGGUUACAGGCAGGCUUAACUACCGGCACAAACAGCCAAGGGUGAAAAUAAAUCACAGGGGGAAAGAGUAGCAUAGAAAAGUGGGAGGAAGGUGAGCACUGCAGGUU